AUGCCCUACAUCUGCAACGGCGGCGUCGUGAACUGCGUUGCAUGCCAGUCCGGAAAGGGUACCUACGGCAAAGACACCACGGUCAUGCCAAAAACAGGCUUACCCUCUUUCUCAGCCACCAUAAUCCCUUCCGGCACUUCCAUGCAAGAUCAGCAACGCAAGCGAGCCGAAGAGGCCGCAGAGAAAAUGCAGCUUGUCAACCAACAGAUAGCCGACACUGCCGAAAGACAGAACGGGCUGAAGGCUAGACAGAAGGAAGAACAGGACGAGGAAGAAGAGCAUAGGAAGCGAAUGCAGAAGCAGCAGCGGGAGGAGAUGGAGCGAAGGAGAAAGCAAGUCAGGGAUGCGGAUGAUACGAAGGGCGACCAUGAGAGGAGGAUUAGAGAGAUGGAUCGGCAGGCUGAGGAGGAGGAGCUGGCGGCGAGGGGGAGGGGGAGGGACCCGGAGGUGGAAAGGCGGAGGAUUGAGGUGAUGGAUGCCCGCGAUGAUACUGAGGAGAAAAGACGUAGGAUGGAAGAGGAGUACCAAGAAAAAAAGAGAAAAGAAGAGUAUGAUAGGAAAGUGAAGGAACAAGAAGCCGAACUUGCAAGAGAGCAGAAAAGGGCAAAGGAAAAUGGAGAGAGAGAUAGGAAGGCUGCUCUGAGGCAACAACUGGAGUGGGACGAGGAAAAGCACCGAGAAUUGGUUAAGAAGCAGAGAGAGGCUGAUGUGGAGGAUAGAGAGAUGGCACAGGAAGCAAUUAGGCAACAUCAACUGGACGACGUGAGACGCAGACAAGCGGAUUUUAAGGAAAAGGCACAACAGUUGCUGCUUGACGACGAUGAGCGUAGGAGGCAUCGACAACAGCUGAUCGCCACACAUCAACGGAGGCUGGAAGCUGAGGAGAGUGAGCAUCGGAAGAUGUUGGAGGAUAGCCGAACUAAAGCUGAGAGGGAGAAGGAACUGCGGAAAAUGAAGGCUGAUGCCGAGAAGGAUGAACGAGACUAUGAAUCUGAGCAGCGACAAGUUGCUUAUGAUAACAAGCUUCGUGAGCUUGAGGAUGGCAAUCGUUUGAAAAGAUUGAGGCUUGGGAUGCAAAGAAAGACAUCCGAGGUGACAAAGCGACAAUUUGAACAAGGGUUGAAGCAAGCUAAAUUAUUGACGUAUGAGGAUAGAAAACAAAGGGAGCAGCUGCUGUUGGAGGAUGUAGCCGCCCAAGGAGAUCAUUAUGAGAGAAGGCGAUUGGCUCGUGAGAAAAGUGGACGCGCGGAAAGAGACUUGAAACAGGAAUUGGAGAGGCAAAAGGCCCACAGAGCGAAGACGGCCGAGGAUCUAACGAACACAAAAGAAAAAUGGAAGAGGUGCGUGAUUGUACGCUUGCAGUAUUGGACAAUUUGCUGA